CGUGUACCGUUUCUUAGUGUCCUCUUGUGUCUGGCCGAGUUCGGGAGGGACACGCGGAGGCUGUGAUUUACCAAAGCUUUACUUUAUUUUCGAAGAUUUGUAACGAUGCUCUGUCAAAAGACAUCGCGCAUUUUGCAGCAGUAUACACAGAGGGUCGCAAGAUUAAGAGGUACUUCAAAAGCCUACUCGUGUGUUGUGUCGUCUUUCUUGCCCGACCAACAGCUCCCAUCUGGCAAUCUUGUCAAUCACGUGUUUGCAGACGCUACAAAAUGGAAUGACAGAAUUGCAACCGAGUGUGCGUCGACGGGGCGGCGGUACACCUACGCGCAGUUGCUUGACCGCCUGGCUCGUUGGUCUGGCAUGCUGAGGCAGCUGGGCGUCGGCAGAGGAGACGUGGUCGCGGUGGCUCUGCCCAACUGCCCUGAAUACCCCAUCGUGUACUUCGGCACCCUCGCCCUCGGAGCCACCGUCACCCCGGUCAAUAUCUCGUACACCGCAGAGGAAAUCGCUCGCCAGCUGAAGGACAGCGACACCAAAGUCCUCGUGGGAGAUGCCCUUCUGUCCCCGACCCUCAGCGCCGCCCUCGACCUGUACCGGAAGCCCACGCCUCUGGUCAUGAACGGCCAUUCUGCGAGUCCCAAGUCCAUCAGCCUCCGCCAGGUUCUGGAGGAUCCUUCCGUCCCCUUCGUAGAUCCUGUUGAAUUAACCGGGAAAGAGACAGCAAUGUUGCCAUACUCGAGCGGCACCACAGGGAAUCCAAAGGGCGUGAUAGUGAGCCACAAUUCACUCUCAGCCAACAUGACAAUAUUUCGCCAACUCUCCUCGGUUGAACAAGCCACGGGUACGCAGCAAGACAUAUCCCUCGCUGUUGUGCCCUUUUCCCACAUGUUUGGGUUCGGGUGUGGUAUGAUCUACCUCCUACGUGAUGGGGUGAAGAUCGUCACUACACCCAGGUUUGACUCCAAGACUUUUGUAGACUCCAUUUCAAAACACAAGGUGACGUUGCUCUACUCGGUGCCUCCGAUUCUAAACUUCCUGAAGGUGUCCCCAGCGGCGACGCCGGAAGCGCUCGGCAGCCUCAGAGCCAUCGUGAAUUCCGCUGCCCCGGCCGCCCCCUCCACUGUUGACUCCCUCAUGGACAAGCUCAGCCCGACAGCCGGCUUCCAAGAUGGUUACGGUAUGACGGAGUGUAACUUCUUAACGAUGGUUCCGUUCGGCGAAUCGCGUUCGGGAACCAUCGGGAAACUGCUGCCCAAUGUGAAGGCCAAGGUUAUCGACACAGCCACGGGGGAGCUACUCGGCCCGCUUGCUGAUGGAGAGCUGUGUUUCAAAAGCCCAUCGGUUAUGGAUGGUUACUACAACAACGCCGCCGCCACCGCCAAGACCUUCGACGAGGAGGGCUGGCUGCGCUCCGGCGACGUCGGCCGCUACGACGAGGACGGCUUCUUCAGCAUCGUGGGUCGAACCAAGGAGCUCAUUAAGGUCAAGGGCUUGCAGGUGUCACCCUCGGAGCUCGAGGACGUCAUUCUACAACAUCCCGAGGUAGUGGACGCGGGCGUGGUGGGCGUGGAGCACGACAGGAUGGGGGAGGCUCCGAGGGCGUUCGUCGUCACCAAGAAGCGCAUCCUGGAGGAGGAUAUUCACAAGUUCCUGGAGCCGAGGGUCGCGCCGCACAAGAGGCUGGCGGGAGGCGUUUUCUUCGUGGAUUCGCUGCCAAGGUCUGCGGCGGGAAAACUUCUCAGAAAAGAACUCAAGAGGCUCAGAUGAGGUCCCUUGAGGCAGAUUUGGUUUCUUUGUAAAGUCCUGACUUUUAUGUCGUUUUAAGAUUACUCAGUUGCCAUAAUAUAUAUUUUUCUGUAUACUUUGUAUUACCUUGAACGCUGAUAUAUUGAAGUUCUGUUGUUGUCUUUCACACUUUUUAUUAAUUCAAUGUAUCCAAGAAAAAUCUUUUUUUA